AUGGCCCACGCUUGCGGAACGUAUGGCUGCAAGGAGGACGCCGUGAGCCCACACACAGCCCACCUGUCCGGCUGUUCCUGUCGACGAACUAAUUGCUCUACCCCCAACUACCUUUCCUCCCCCGGGCUCCCCCUCAACCGGCUGCUCUGCCUCGCCAUUGGUGAGCAAGAAUCCCCGAUACCUGGUUCGUCGCUUACUGUGAUCGUCCCAGAGAAGAUCAGGGCACCCCAAUUCGAGCUCUGCCGCGUCGAACCGCUGUUCCUCGAGUCGAGAGUAAUACGCCAUGUGCUCUGUUUAAUCUCGUACUCUAUUCAACUAAUCGCCCCAGCAGCACCUGGGAGCUAUUCUUCAAGGGCGGCAGGAUCGAAGAUGCCGGAGCAAUCGGAGAACGCGGCGGCGGACCUGAUGGGUAACAUCAUGGAGACCAUCGCGAAGAACCUCCCAAAGCAAAAGUCGGUCCGGUUCGACGACGGCUCCUCCAUCUCCGAGCAGGCCAAGAAGCUGUUCGGCGGCGGUGAGAACAGGAACAAGAAGUCGGUCCACCACGUCCUGGGCGGCGGGAAAUCCGCCGACGUGCUGCUGUGGCGGAACAAGAAGAUCUCGUCCAGCGUGCUGGGCGUGGCGACGCUGGUGUGGGUCUUCUUCGAGUGGCUGGACUACCACUUCCUCACCAUCGUCUGCUUCGUUCUCGCGCUCGGCAUGGCCGUCCAGUUCGCCUAUUCCACCUUCGUCGCCAUGCUCAACAGCGGGUCCCCUUCCAGCGUGCCCCGCGUGCAGCUGCCGGAGGAGCUGUUCGCGAACGUGGGCGCGGCCGUCGGCGCACAGAUCAACAGGGCGCUGGGUUUCCUCCAGGACGUGUCCUGCGGACGGGACCUCAAGCAGUUCGUCAUCGUGAUCGCCGGGUUCUUCGCGGCGGCGAUCGUCGGCAGCUUCUGCAACUUGCUGACGGUCAUCUACGUCGGGUUCGUGUGCGCGCACACGCUGCCGGUGCUGUACGAGAGGUACCAGGACCAGGCGGACGACUUCCUGUACAACAUGCUGGGCGUGGUGCAGAGCCAGUACCGCAGGCUGGACACCAAGGGCAUCCUCAAGGGGGGCGUCAGCAAGUUCAGGAAGAGCGACUAG